CACCUUCCCCGCCUCUCGUGACUCUCUCUCUCUCUUUAUCCUCAUCCUCACCCACUCUCAAAACAGUACAGAACUUCAAAUUUCUCAAACUCACUCAGCUUCAUCCCUCUAAAGACCGAACAUGCAGAUCUUUGUAAAGACUCUUACCGGAAAGACCAUCACUUUGGAGGUUGAGUCCUCGGACACCAUCGACAAUGUGAAGAGCAAGAUCCAAGACAAAGAAGGGAUUCCUCCAGACCAGCAGCGUUUGAUUUUCGCCGGUAAACAGCUCGAAGAUGGGCGCACUCUCUCCGACUAUAAUAUCCAGAAAGAGUCUACCCUUCAUCUUGUCCUGCGUCUGCGUGGCGGUAUGCAGAUCUUCGUAAAGACUUUGACCGGAAAGACAAUCACUCUUGAAGUCGAGUCUUCGGACACAAUCGAUAAUGUCAAAGGCAAAAUUCAAGACAAGGAGGGCAUUCCUCCAGAUCAGCAACGUCUGAUAUUUGCCGGCAAGCAAUUGGAAGAUGGCAGAACCCUCUCCGACUACAACAUUCAGAAAGAGUCUACCCUCCACCUUGUCCUUCGUCUGCGAGGUGGUAUGCAGAUUUUUGUCAAAACCCUUACCGGUAAAACUAUUACUCUCGAGGUCGAGUCUUCGGAUACGAUCGACAACGUGAAGGGUAAGAUUCAGGAUAAGGAAGGCAUCCCCCCAGACCAACAGCGCCUUAUCUUCGCCGGUAAGCAGCUAGAGGACGGUCGUACCUUGAGUGAUUAUAAUAUCCAAAAGGAGUCGACCCUCCACCUUGUCCUUCGUCUGCGAGGUGGUAUGCAGAUUUUUGUCAAAACCCUUACUGGAAAAACCAUUACUUUGGAAGUCGAAUCUUCCGAUACUAUUGACAACGUCAAGGGUAAAAUCCAGGAUAAGGAGGGUAUCCCCCCAGAUCAACAACGUCUUAUCUUUGCUGGUAAGCAGUUGGAGGAUGGACGUACUUUGAGCGACUAUAAUAUCCAAAAGGAGUCAACUCUACACUUGGUUCUCCGUCUUCGUGGUGGUAUGUAAAUAAGAGCUUUGGUAUGGCUAUGAUUUACGCGGCGGAGAUGUGUUUUGCAUAAAUACUGUUGGUUUUGCUUUUCGGAAUAGGCUUUUCUUAUUUUCUGUUUGGCGAGGCUAUUCUUAGGUGUUUUGUUUUUCUGGGGUCAGGGGAUUGGUAGUUAGCGAAUUGCGGCUACGGGGCGAGAUCAAUAUCAUUCUCGAUUCUCUCAAACAA